AUGAAGAUCAGUCUCGUGAUUCUGAUGGGAGCGGCUGCUCUGGUCGUGGCCCAAACAGCUACCACAUCCGAGCCCGCUCUCGCAGACAUUCACGCCGCUGCCGCCACUAUUAAGCCAGAGGUUACUACUUCAAACGUCAAGGGGUUGGCUUUUGAUCGGUUCUAUCAAGUCUGGCUGGAGAACAUUGAUUAUGAAGACAGCGCCGCAGAUACCAAUAUGCAGUGGCUCGCUUCCCAGGGCAUCUUGCUGACGAAUUUUUACGCGGUCACUCACCCUUCUGAGCCAAACUACUGCGCCGCCGCCGGUGGUGACACUUUUGGCAUGGAUAAUGAUGACUUCAAGCAAAUUCCCGCAAAUAUCUCUACGGUUGCUGAUUUGCUGGACACCAAGGGCAUCUCGUGGGCUGAGUACCAGGAGCACAUUCCCCAUGCCGGCUUCCAAGGGUUCAACUACUCGAACCAAGCAACCUAUCGCCCUGACUACGUCAGAAAGCACAACCCUAUGGUGCUUUACAACUCAGUUGUGGCUAACAACAGUCGUGCACGUUCUAUCAAAAGCUUCGAGGACUUCGAACGUGAUCUUGAAGACAAGAAACUUCCCCAGUGGGCGUUCAUCACUCCCAACAUGACCAACGAUGCGCAUGAUACCAACAUUACCUUCGGUGCCAAGUGGGAGCGCAAAUGGGUCUCCAAGCUGCUCCAGGACGAAUAUUUUUUCAAUGACACUCUUCUUCUGUUGACGUUCGAUGAAGAUGAUACCUACACUAAGGGCAACCGUGUGUUCAGUGUUCUGGUUGGCGGCGCCGUUCCUGAGCACCUCAGGGGUACAAAGGAUGACACAUUCUACACCCACUACUCUAGCAUUGCUAGUGUCUCGGCCAACUGGGGUCUUCCUUCCCUGGGCCGCUGGGAUUGUGGCGCCAACCUCUUCGAGAUCGUUGCCAAUAAGACUGGUUACAUCAACUACGAGGUCGACAAGACCCAUUUGACCUUGAAUCAGACUUACCCCGGGCCCAUGUCAAUUGGUGACAAGGAAACUGGAAACACCUCCACUUUCAUUCCCGAGUGGCCGGUGCCCAUCACCGAUAGCAAUGAGAAGUGCUCUGGUGGUCACGGUAUCUUGGAUAUCGUCAAGAAGACCUAUGGCAAUCUAAGUGCGACAUACGACACCAAGCCGUACCCUUGGAGCGCCAAAUAUCACUACAAUGACAAGGUCACUGCCAGGCGGCUCAAUGAUACUGAGACCAAGACAAACUCGACCAAGAAAGAUGAUGGCCACGGGAAUACCGGUGUGACUGCCACGGCUUCCGUCCCCACGGCGGUUCUCGGAGUUCUGCUGGCCUUCGCGGCCUGCAUCUUUUGA